AUGCCCGGAGCGGCAUGGUCUUGUUUACACUUGCCAUUCUGGGCGUCAACAAACACGCCUGCCUCGGCGUCCACGCAGCCCAGCCCCCCUCCCUCUGCAGCCCAUAAACACAGCCUCGCCCCUCCCCUCCUGCUCUCUUCUCUCUUUCUCCUCUCCAGCCUCGACGCAUUCUUCUGGCACCCUUCCAUUCCAUUCCUCUUGUCCGUUCUGUGCUCCGUCUCAGAUCUGGCAGCGAGUGCCCAGAUAAGCUUGUUUGCUCCGCAUUCCACGCUUCUUUCUUCCCUUUUCCAGAAAGAAAGACAGACUUCCCCACAGCAUUCGAGAAAAGACGCCCAAAGGACAGUCACCCUGGACUUUGACGCGCGCGUCCCGAUCCCCUUCAGUGUCUUCCCGUCGUCGUACCGGAGUGACGCUGUCUCUGAGACUACUCAGACCCGAGUAGAAGGAGAGGUCAAUUUCGAUCGCACUUCGCGCGUCGGACGGGAAGAUACUGCUGGUCGACUUUCUGACCCCCGAGGCUACGGCAGGGAAGAAGUCGAUCUCCGCAUCCGCACUGACGACCGCCGUCCCGCUCGUCGCUACGAGGAGUCGGUUUCCUACGAGUCCCGCGAGCGCGAUCGCUACCCGGAGAUAGAGCUUUCCCGUGAACGCUAUCGUGAACCGAUUGGUCGCUACGAGGAGCGUCGCUACGCAGAGCAUCCCUUGGAAGAGCACCCCCCCGUCCAAGAAAGGCCUCUCGAGACCCAGAUCGACAUUACUGAGCGCGAGUACCGUCGUCGCAUCGACCCCACGUACGAAGUCGACGUGACCUACGACCGUCGUUACCAGCCCGACUCUGAGACCUACCGCGCCGACUCGUACGACCUCCGCGAGGUCAGCCCCAGCGUAAACGAGAGCCGCUACUCCAGGCCCGCCGAAAUCUCUGUCGAGAAGGAGACCGUCCGUGACGUCAGCCCCAGUGUAGCUGAAAACCGCCUCGCCAGUCCCACCGAAGUCACCGUCAGCAAGGAAACCGUCCGCGAAGAAGCCCCCAGCCAGAAAAUGGGUUACUACGACGACGAGGGUAACUACCACUCUUUCCGCCGCGGCGUGGAGCGUGCGGCUGACCGCCUGCUCCACCCCUUCUCCCACCAUGACCACAAGGAGGAGGUUGUCGUCUCCGAAAGUGGUCCUACCCGCUACCGGGAUGGAGUGCGUGAGGACGUUCGCAUCGUCGAGCCUCGCGGCGGCAAGAGCUCUGCCGAGACCGUGCCGAUCCCCGUCCACUUCAUCCGCGUCGGUGACCUGCUCAUCCUCCAGGGCCGUCCUUGCCAGGUGAUCCGCAUCUCGGUCUCUCCUCAGACGGGCCAGCACCGCUUCCUGGGUGUCGACCUCUUCACUCGCCAGCUCCACGAGGAGUCGAGCUUUGUGUCCAACCCGUCCCCGUCGGUCGUAGUCCAGACCAUGCUCGGCCCGGUGUACAAGACCUACCGUGUCUUGGACGUCCGUGACGACGGCCGUAUCGUGGCCAUGACCGAGACUGGCGAUGUCAAGCAAGGUCUGCCGGUGGUCAGCCAGGGUCACCUGUUCCAGCGCAUUCGUGAGGCUUACCAGGAUGGCCGGGGCAGCGUUCGUGCUCUGGUCAUCAACGAUGGUGGUCGCGAGCUGGUCGUUGACUACAAGGUUGUCCAUGGUGCCAGACUCUAA